UCAUGUUUCUGUAGAAAUAUGUUUCACUAAUGGAGGUAUUUACAAAGUUAGCAAAGCAAUGUUGUGUAUGACUCCUCCAGAUAGUAGUAAGUUAAAAGGAAUAUGUAAAACAAUCGAUUUAGUUCUAUAGUUUAAGAGUAGCAAUGCAGAAUAAGAAGCUGUUAGUGUUGGCUUGCAGUAUUGUACUGUUCUCUCAAGGAGCAAGAUGUUCUAACUUCUCACUCAAUAUAACUGUCACAAGUAACUCACCCCUCGACUGUAGCACUGGGCUGACUUACCCUGGUCCUGCAUUUAUUAGAGUGGAGUAUCGAUGGCUGGAGAGGGUCAAUAACUCAUUGAUACCUGACCAGUGGAGCACUCUUAAGACAAUGACUACUGAUGCGGACUACAAUGUAACUGGACAUACUCGACAUACUCUACAAAGUUCUAAUCAAAGUUUUGAGCAAGACAGCGUUGAUUCUGUGCAGCUGAGAAUAGUACAGCCAGAACAUGGCGGUGGAUUGUGCAACUGCUGGGAAAUCAGCAAACUGCUGAUUACAUUUGAUGGCAAUAGUUACUUUGAUCUCCUUAACGAAACACGAAGUUGUUACACUAACACCAGUCGUCAACUCACAAGAAAUGAUACCGGUCCUGUACAGUUCUGUGAUGGUAGCGCAGGGGAACCAAGGGGUGUGGUGUUCCUCCCUAUUACGCUGGAUAAUGGCCAAACAGAAGGAUGUGAGAUGAUAGUAAAUGGUUCAGCUCUUGUUGAUAAGCAACCACCACCGAUGAAUUGCGAAACCAGUAACCCAAGAAUAGAGCUGUCGUAUGUGUUGGAUUUGGCCCCAGAUGGCUGUGACAAGAUUGACGUUAUUAAUGAAGGUAUAGAGGUAUCGCUAGGCAACUGGGACAGAGACGGUGAUUGGAUUCCUCUAGCGUACCACACUAGAUUAUCAACUAAUGAUCCUCCACUCCAAGUCAGAGACUAUGAUGUUCCUUAUUACAAUUGUAGUGGAGUUCACUCAUUCAAGAUAAGUGUGUGCGGAGAUGACUAUCUCAGAGAUGGACUGCAGAUAAGAUGGCUGCAACAAGUUAAUUUAGUCCCAAACACACUUAGAGACGUAGUGACAUUAGACAAUGUGUCUAUUAGCUUGAUUGUGAAUGAAACCAGCAUCAGUCUACUGAAGGAUGGAUUUGAUCAGGGAAAUUUGAGCUCAACAAAUUGGAAUAAAGAGAUCAGAAAUAGUGGCGUAUCUACUGACUGCUCUGGUGGCUCUGAUGAUCACAAGAUAGUGUUUGGUCUCAACUGUACAACCUUUGGCUGUGAGCUUAACAGAACAGACGCUAGUCGCAUAGCAACUACAGUCCCACUGAACAUCACUCAAUUCUUAGAAAAGUUUAACGGCAUUUCUACCAACAAUUCAAGUGCAGAAAAUGCCUCUAAUUACUCAGUCCCAGUUCAAGGGAAUCAGUCAAAUGCAACCGUUUUCAAUAUCUGCUAUCCAGAACUGAACAUUAAUCCUACAUCUGUUACUCCAAUGGAUGUUACUCCAAUGGAUAGGACAGCUCCACCUACUUCCAGCAUUGAUUCAUCCUUGGCCGAAGAGUUGGAAUCUGCUAUCUUAAUAGUCUUAAAAAUUAUAAAUGAAAAGGAAGAAUUGAGAGCCAUCAAACAAAAAUCUCCUGCUGAAGCAGCUACUUCUCUGCUCGGCUUGCUGAAGGAUCCACAAGUUGACCGGAGAGCUCUUAUAUAUCUACUCAGUGACAUUGUAGAUCGGGCGAAAAGUAUAAACGACAGCCAACAGUUUGGUCAGGAUGUUUUGGAAGUAGGUGAUGAAUUACUGAAACAAGCACUGAACACGAGUCAGUCCAGCACCAUUGUCGGGAGCACACUGCUUGCUACCAUUGAGCAACUGGCAUUUAAUGUGCUCGCUCCAAAUGAAGACGGCCUUAGGACAUCAAAUAUUGAACUGAUAGUCCAAGAGGUAGAACAAGAUGGGAACGAGGACUCAUACUUCACUGGUAUUGAAACAACCAACGGCUCCAUCCGAGUGCCCACUGAGUUAGUGAGGAUGAUGGGUAAUGGAACUGGACCAGUCACUGCGGCCUCAGUCUACUACAGGAACAUGAGUGGACUGCUGCCGACGGGAGAGAAUGACACUGUGUUAGCAUCUCCAGUGGUCUCCACCAGUCUGCAGUGUGGAGACAAGAUCUGUGACACAGCCAACAUUCAGCUCAGUCAGCCAGUCAUUGUCACACUGAAACACUUCUCACAGUUGGCGCAGGAUAGCAGUGAAAUGAAGUGUGUUUUCUGGGACUUCAAAAGAGGAAGUGACUCUCGGCUAGUCAAUGGAAGAUGGAAUACUACUGGCUGUGAGAGAAAUGACAGUCUCUCUAACUCCACACACACUGUGUGCGAGUGCACACAUCUCACCAACUUUGCCAUUCUCCUCAGCUCUCAGCCCAUAGUGGAAGGUGUGCAUGGAUUUGCACUGGAAGUGAUUGGCUACAUUGGUGUAUCACUCUCUGUACUAGCCAUGCUAGCAACCAUUGUAGCAUUGGUAUACCUAAGGUCUCUCUGGAGCAUGCGUAACUACAUCCACAUCAACUUGUGUGUGAGUCUAAUUCUGGCACAGCUGAUGUUUGUGAGUGGGGUAACCCCUCACGGAGGAGGGGGUGUGGUGGAUCCUGGUUGUCGGACGGCAGCAGUUCUCAUGCACUACUUGUUCCUGGUGUCCUUCAUGUGGAUGCUCAUGGAGGGGGUGGUCUUGUAUGUGGCCCUCGUCAAAGUCUUUGUUAAAAAUCAGAAGAGAUACAUAAUCGGCUUCACAAUUUUCAGUUAUGGUGCCCCUCUGCUGUACAUGGGUCUCUGUGUUCCCCUGGGCUUUACUCUGUACCCCGAGGCAGACUAUGGCUAUGGCUAUGUACAAGUCAGUAACAGCACUCAAGACAAUGAGACCACCACCCAACAGACCGCUGUCUGCUGGUUGAACCCUCAUGGCUACUUCAUACAGACGUUCAUUGUACCAGUUGUGUUGGUCAUUUUGGCAAAUUUUGGCUUCUUCAUCAUGGCAUUAGUGAUUAUGAAAAGACAUGCAAAGAAAGAAACGCACAAGAAUAGAAUACAGAGAGCAAGAUAUUGGCUAAAGUCUUCAGUUUCCCUGGUAACCAUCAUGGGUUUGACAUGGAUCAUUGGUCUUCUGGUGUUCGAGGUCCCUGCUCUUUUCACGCUGGCGUACAUCUUCACGAUCUUUGUUGCCUUCCAAGGAGUGGCCAUAUUCGUCAUAUUUGUACCCCUCUCCAAGCAAGUGAGAGAUGCCUACUCAAAAUGGUGGAGGGUUAAAGUGGCAGAGUCUAACAUUCUCAGGAAUUUUAGCGACUGGUCAUUCAGAAGUAAAAGCCAGUCAGUAGUUAUAAGCAAUGGUAAGACGCCCUCUACAAAUCAGCGUAGCUCAUCAAAUAUUUACGAGCUGGAGUCAUCAAAGUCACUGUUUGAAUCGAAAGCAAGUGUGUCACUGGAUACAGAAGAGUCCGAGGCUCCUGACUAUGGGUUCACUUUCAACAUCACUAUGAUAUUUCCUCAGGGCAAAUCAGAUCGUGAUGUCUAGAUCUGAAUUGGGAACAACGGAGUGGCAGGAUGGAUGACAUCACCUUUAAUUUGAUCAGUGUACCCUGUGAUUAUGUGUGUCGUUUUGUUUUGUUAUAUACAUAACUUUUUAUAGUAUAAUUGUACAGUUUAUUGAGAGCUAUGGCAUUUUAAAAUUUAUUUAUUUAUGAA